UUCUGUUCAAACAACUUCCAAAUCAAUUGGAGACUUCUACAGCCAAAUAGUGCAACAUCAUUCAACAAUCAUUUCCUUUCAGGCAGUCAUUGCUUGAUCAAUUCACCAAUGUUCAGGAUUUCAAAGAGACUAUUGAUAGUUAGUCACAACACUAUCACAGUGUCAGGGCCCUGCAGAAAUACAUUCUCGACACUUGUCAACAGGAAGGCUUGUAGUGUCAGGCCUUUGCAGCGCACAGUCUUCGCAUCAAGUACAUACGCACCCUAUACUAUUUCUGGACAAUACCGAUCUGUUACUUUAGCGGCUUCUCAGGCUCUCCUUCCUGUUCCUGAGACUUCGUACGAUGUAAUUGUUGUUGGAGGCGGACAUGCCGGAUCUGAGGCUUGUGCUGCAGCUGCUAGGACUGGUGCAAAGACAUUGUUACUUACACAGAAGCUAGAUACGAUCGGUGAAAUGUCGUGUAACCCAUCAUUUGGUGGCGUGGGUAAGGGCGUUCUUGUGCGAGAGAUUGAUGCUCUGGAUGGACUCUGCGGUAGGAUCUCCGACUUGGCAGGCGUACAAUUCAGAAUCUUAAAUAGAUCAAAGGGACCAGCUGUACAUGGACCACGUGCACAGAUUGACCGUAAAUUAUACAAGAAGCACAUGCAAAAGACCUUGUACGAAUAUCCAAAUUUGACUAUCAAGGCUGGAUCGGUAUCAGAUAUUGUGCUUGGAGCAGAGAUCUUGCCUCCCACGCCUGGGCAGAAUAACGUUCAAGGAGAAAUCAAAGGCAUUAAGCUUGAGUCUGGCGAGGUGAUCUAUGCACCUAAGAUAGUAAUUACUACAGGAACAUUUUUAAGAGGAGAAAUUCAUAUUGGAUUAGAGACAUAUCCUGCUGGCCGUAUCAAUGAAGAGGCUUCUAUUGGACUAUCUGACUCUCUUGCUCAGGCUGGUUUUGUGCUCUCGCGACUUAAAACUGGAACACCUCCUAGAUUGGAUGGCAAGACAAUUAACUACACUGGGCUGACGCCUCAACAUGGAGAUGUGCAGCCUACGCCUUUCUCGUAUCUCAAUACAGAGGUCGCCAACGCUCACAACCAACUGAUAUGUUAUCAAACCAGCACAAACCCAAAAACACAUGAGAUCAUCCGCAACAACCUUCAUAAAUCGAUUCACAUCCGCGAGACUGUUAAGGGACCUCGCUACUGCCCCUCGAUUGAGUCCAAGAUCAUGAGAUUCGCAACAAAGGAAGCUCAUACAAUCUGGCUGGAGCCUGAAGGUUAUGAUACAGAUGUUGUUUAUCCCAAUGGUAUUUCGAUGACCCUUCCAGAGAAAGAGCAGAUUGAUAUGUUGAGAACAAUCAAAGGACUCGAGAACGUGACGGUGUUGCGUUGUGGAUACGGAGUUGAAUAUGAUUACGUAGAUCCCCGUGAGCUUCAGCGCACCCUGGAAACUCGCCGCAUUCGUGGACUAUACUUGGCGGGACAAAUCAACGGAACGACGGGAUAUGAAGAGGCAGCAGCCCAGGGUAUUUUAGCAGGCAUCAAUGCUGGUUUAGCAUCACAAUCGAAAGCGCCAUUGAUUCUCACGCGUGCGGACGCUUAUAUCGGAGUUCUGGUAGAUGAUUUGAUAACAAAAGGAGUGGAAGAGCCCUACAGAGUAUUCACAUCACGAUCAGAGUACCGUUUGACUUUGCGUGCAGACAAUGCGGACUUGAGAUUGACACGCAAGGGUUAUGAGGCUGGGUGCGUUACAGAAUAUCGCUGGAAAGUAUAUCAGCAGAUGGAGGAUGAGAUGAGUAAGGGAAUGGAGCUUAUGAGUGAAUUCAAGCUGUCUCCUGCCAAAUGGGCAGAAUAUGGGUUCGGCAAGAGUGAUGAUGGCAUCAAGCGAAGUGCGAUCGAGAUACUGGGAUUCCCCAACGUCAAAAUGCAGGACUUUUAUGAAGCGAUUCCUGAGCUCAAGGGAAUUAAUCCGGCGGUACAAAACAAGAUUGCAGUUGAAGGAGCAUAUUCGGUCUACCUGCGUCGUCAAGGUGCAGAAGUCAUGGCCUUUAUGCGUGAUGAAUCAAUGGAGAUUCCUAUAAAUCUCGAUUAUUCUCUCAUCCCUAAUCUGUCAAAUGAGAAUCGCUCUAAGCUUGAGCGCAUCCGUCCUGCUACCUUGGGUGCUGCAAAACGCAUUGAAGGCAUGACACCUACCAGUAUCCUAGAGUUGCUAAAGUGGGUACAGCGGACGAAACGGCCUGCGACCACAAUCACUGGAGAAGCCAUCCGUACAGGUAGCAGGAAGGAUCGUCUGCGUCAGAAAAUGCUGGCGAAAGAGUUUUAAGGAUUUACUUAUUGUCCAAAAGGCGUCGUUUUUGCGCUGUAUUAUACACUCUCCAUUUACAGCCGUAUACAUCUGACUACUUUCUGUAUCAAUUGCGAUUCUCAACAUGUACACUAUAUUUACCACAUCCAUUAUAUACAUUAUAUACAUCAUUUUUUAAUUCAGUAAAUC